ACAACAUUUUCUCACAAUGAAAGCUGGCUUGGGCAUCCACACUUGCUGUGCCUACUUGGUUUUCUCCACAUGGAAAAUUGAGGGUACGCAGGCAGCACAAGGGAAAUACGCCCAGAUGCUCUUUAGUGAGCUUUUUGAGGACUAUUCAAGCGCUCUUCGGCCAGUGGAAGACACAGAGACAGUCCUGAAUGUCACCCUUCAGAUCACCCUUUCCCAGAUUAAAGAUAUGGAUGAAAGAAACCAAAUUUUAACAGCAUACUUAUGGAUUCGACAAACUUGGUAUGAUGCAUAUCUGAAGUGGGACAAGGAUAAAUACGACGGUCUGGAUUCUAUCCGAAUUCCCAGCAACCUCGUAUGGAGGCCCGACAUUGUCCUGUACAACAAGGCCGAUGAUGAUUUUUCUGAGCCUGUGAACACCAACAUUGUACUACGGUACGACGGAAAGAUCACUUGGGAUGCGCCAGCUAUAACGAAAAGCUCAUGUGUGGUAGACGUCUCUUACUUCCCAUUUGACAGCCAGGAGUGCAAUCUUACCUUCGGUUCAUGGACCUAUAAUGGUAACCAGGUGGAUAUAUUCAAUUUCUUAGAUAGCGGUGACCUCUCGGACUUCAUUGAAGAUGUGGAGUGGGAGAUUCAUGGCAUGCCGGCCAUUAAGAACGUGAUCACGUAUGGCUGCUGCUCAGAGCCUUAUCCAGAUGUCACGUUCACGCUUAUUUUGAAAAGGAAGUCAUCCUUCUACAUAUUUAAUCUCCUCCUUCCUUGCCUUUUGAUCUCUUUUCUGGCUCCACUGGGAUUUUAUCUCCCAGCAGACUCUGGAGAAAAAGUCUCUCUUGGAGUUACUGUUCUACUGGCUCUAACCGUGUUCCAGCUGAUGGUUGCAGAGAGCAUGCCUCCUUCAGAAAAUGUGCCCUUGAUCGGUAAAUAUUACAUAGCUACGAUGACGAUGAUCACAGCCUCCACAGCACUGACCAUCAUCAUAAUGAACAUACACUACUGCGGCUCAGGAGCCAAACCCGUCCCUCAGUGGGCAAGAGUGGUGAUUCUGGACUACAUGUCGAAGAUCUUUUUCGUUUACGAUGUGGGUGAAAACUGUACAAGUUUGCAACGAGCAGAAGAUCAAGACCCAAAGCUGAAUACAUAUCCAAGAGAGGAAGACAAACAUGAAGGGGGAAGGAGACCAGUUGUGAAGAUGAAAAACAAUGGCCGUGACCUCAGAAAGGAACCACCAGGGGGCACGGACGACGGGGGCAGAGUUCCAUGUGGGAACCCAAGGGACGUGGUCAGCUGCUGCUCGUGUUACAACGUACUCAUUAAGAAUAUUGAAUACAUUGCAGACUGCGUAAGGCGCCACAAAGCCAAUCAUGCAAAAGGAGUGGAGUGGAAAAAAGUAGCCAAGGUGAUGGACAGGUUCUUCAUGUGGGUAUUUUUCAUGAUGGUCUUUUUCAUGAGCGUUCUGAUCAUCGGCAAAGCCCUCUAGACGGAGACCGAAAGCAGGGCUGCGGCUGCAU